AACUUUAUACUUAUCUAAUCCAAUUCCCUGAUUUUACUAAUUAUAACCACUUUUGCGUUAAUAGUAAAUACUCUUUUCAUAAUACGUUUACAUUCGAAUAGAUUUUAAAACCAUUUAAAACAGAAAAUGUCUAAAGGAAAAUGCGGAAAAGAUACCUACUUUGGCCCAUUAGGAAAGUGUCAAAAUUGUGGUGAAUUAUGUGAUAGACCAGCACUGUAUCCUCAAUCUUGCGGGAUCUACUGCCCAGACUACGCCCCUAAAGAUCGUACAACCACAACACUGUUCCCUUCGAUUCCUCCAAGCCAGCCUACAAACAGCAUUAAACCACUGUUAAUCGGAGGUUUUACAAGUUUAGGUGCAUUGUUGUUUCUCUCAUUUAUAUUAUGUUGGCUGUGGAAGAAGAUUUUAAGUAAACGGUUUUCUCGGAUUGUGGAAAAGAGACGAAACAAAAAGCUUCGGGUUUCAGUACAAGUACAAAGUAGUCAAAAUGAGUGCCCAGAGAGUGUCGCUCUGAACAGUUCUGGAGAAACCAUUGAUGAUAUCGGUGAGUUAGAGAAUGACGUCAUGAACUCUUCCGACGACUUGGAGACAAAUGAACAUCGCCUAUUAACGGAAACUGAAAGAUCUGACUCAACACACACUGUUAUCACAAUAACCGAUGAGAUUUCACAUUACUCCACCAAUGAUUUUGAGUUUGGAGAAACGCUUCCAUUUCAUUCCCUUUCAUCUUUAGAGAGUUUGUUUGAAUACAGCGGCGACCAGACACAUAGGAAAAUGAGAUCCAAAAGUUCGUGACAUAAACUGACCUAAAAUUAAUAUCAAUCAUUGAUCUCAGCUUUACUUUCUGUUUAUUAUUGAUUUUUUUCUUUUUUGUGUUUUUGCGACGUAUUGUCUUGCAUAGUUUAAAAUAUCCAUACAGUACUAAUAAGCUUUGAUAAUGUGGCAGUUGAGUCCAAUAAGUCCAGGGGUGUUCAAAGAUAAUCCGUCACAGAUCUAUUGUAAAGCAAUUAUUGGAUUUACCUGUACUGGAAAAUGAACAGUGUCGAUUGUAAUGAGGUCAACUGCCACAUUAUCAGAGUUUAUUAGUACAUACAGUUUCAACUGAAAAUGAAAUGUGUUAAAGCUAUUGUUUACACGUUAUAGAAUCUACAUAAUUUUAAUUAUCGCUGAUACCUCGCUUUUAUAUUCUGUGAAUAUGUAUACGGUGACAUAUACAAAUAUAGUAUGUCAUGUAUACUAUGCCAUACACCAUA